GAAGAGCAGUAGCUGGAUUGGUCUGUGAACUUUGGAUUCCCCAUCAUACCAACCUUUGGAAGUCAUGUUUCAUUUAUGUUCAGGUCCAAGUUAGAAAAUAAAUAAAAAUGCGAGCUAAUAACUAUUUGCAGUACGAAUAAAAAUAGUUUCCAAGUUUAAAAAAUACAUAUUUUCAAGCGUUACUUGUACCUAUAAAAGUUGAUAUUUUUCAUCGUUAUUUGCGAACAUCUGCUUUUUUAACCAAAAAGAAAAAUAACACGAAGUUAAACUAAAUAUAUAUAAUACGCCUAAAGCAGUAUGCAGUAUUAAUCUCUCUCCCCAAGUAGUUGCAUAGGAUUUGCAAAAUAACAAAAAAACCAACAACACCCCGCUGUCUAGGUCGCCGCUUGAAUAGCUGAAUUUCGGCUCUCGUAGCUCCGAAAACUUCGUGCAAAUAACAGUAGAUUCACGAUCCCAAAGCCGCAUAAUCGUCUCGUGGAGCUAGUCGUUUUGGCUCCGCCUUCCUCCGCGAAAUAAAGAAGUUUGGUCCCGCCGUCUCGCCAUAGUUUCGUAAUCCGACGCGCAGGCGUUCGGCCCGGUCGCCUCCUAUCGGAGGAGCACCUGGGAACUACUGUAGGGAAGCCGUGCAGAGGGAUUCGGGGCUCGUUUCCGUCCACCAUGAAGUCCCGUUUCAGCACGGUCGAUAUCAGGGCGGUUAUAGCAGAACUGCGCCACAGCUUGUUGGGAAUGAGGGUAAACAAUGUUUAUGAUGUGGAUAAUAAGACAUAUCUAAUCCGAUUCCAAAAACCAGACUUCAAGGCUACACUUCUUCUGGAAUCUGGCAUUAGGAUUCACAUGACAGAAUUUGAGUGGCCAAAAAACAUGAUGCCAUCUGGUUUUGCAAUGAAAUGUCGCAAACAUUUAAAGUCCAGAAGGCUUGUGAGUGUGAAGCAACUUGGCAUUGAUAGAAUAGUCGAUUUCCAGUUUGGGAGUGAUGAAGCAGCAUAUCAUUUGAUUAUAGAGCUUUAUGACAGAGGCAAUAUUGUUCUUACUGACCAUGAGUACCUUAUUUUGAAUAUCCUGAGAUUUCGCACAGAUGAUGCAGAUGAUGUCAAGUUUGCAGUGCGGGAACAUUAUCCAGUUGAUCAUGUCAAAACUGCAACAUCAUUGCCCAGUUUAGAAAGGUUAACAGAAUUAAUAACAAGUGCACCUAAAGGAGAUCAACUAAAGAGAGUCCUAAAUCCUCACCUUCCUUAUGGGAUCACUCUGAUUGAACAUUGCCUUAUAGAAGCAGGAUUUUCAGGUAGCAUCAAAGUAGAGCAGAUAGAAAGUAAAGGUAUUGAAAAGGCACUAGCCGCUUUACAAAAAGCUGAAGACUGUAUGGAAGAAACCGAGAACUUUAACGCCAAGGGCUACAUCAUCCAAAAAAGGGAGCAAAAACCAAGUCUGGAACCAAACAAGUCUCCUGAAGAAAUCCUCACGUAUGAGGAAUUUCACCCUUUCUUGUUUUCGCAACACUCAAAAUGUCCCUAUGUGGAAUUUGAAUCUUUUAACAAGGCAGUGGAUGAAUUUUACUCUAAGCUGGAAAGCCAGAAGAUAGACUUAAAGGCAUUGCAACAGGAAAAACAAGCACUGAAGAAGCUGGAAAAUGUGCGGAAGGAUCAUGAAUACAGAUUAGAAACUCUUCAUCAAGCUCAGGAAAUUGACAAGGUGAAAGGUGAGCUUGUGGAAAUGAACCUGGAGAUAGUUGAUCGAGCCAUCCAGGUGGUCCGCAGUGCCUUAGCCAACCAGAUUGAUUGGACAGAAAUUGGAGUCAUUGUCAAAGAAGCCCAGGCCCAAGGAGACCCAGUAGCAAGUGCCAUCAAAGAACUGAAGCUGCAGACAAACCAUAUCACGAUGCUCCUAAAAAACCCGUAUGUGAUCUCAGAAGAGGACGAGGAUGAGGACGAGGAGGAGGAAAAACCUAAAGUAGAAGAAUCAAAGGGAAAGAAAAAGAAGAAGAAAGUCAAACAACUCCAGAAGCCUCUGAAGAACCAGCCUAUGCUAGUGGAUGUGGAUCUCAGCUUGUCAGCUUACGCAAAUGCCAAAAAAUAUUAUGAUCACAAGAGACAUGCAGCCAGAAAAACCCAGAAAACGGUGGAAGCAGCAGAAAAGGCUUUCAAAUCAGCAGAAAAGAAGACCAAGCAAACACUGAAAGAGGUCCAAACAGUUACUACCAUUCAGAAGGCUAGAAAGGUUUACUGGUUUGAGAAAUUCCUGUGGUUCAUUAGCUCUGAAAAUUACCUUGUUAUAGCUGGACGAGACCAACAACAAAAUGAAAUGAUUGUCAAGCGAUACUUAAAGCCAGGGGACCUUUAUGUCCAUGCUGAUCUCCAUGGAGCAACCAGUUGUGUCAUUAAGAAUCCAUCAGGAGAUCGUAUCCCUCCCCGGACACUCACUGAGGCAGGCACAAUGGCCCUGUGUUACAGCGCAGCCUGGGAUGCUCGGGUCAUCACUAGCGCCUGGUGGGUCUACCAUAAUCAGGUGUCUAAAACUGCUCCCACUGGAGAAUAUCUGACAACUGGAAGCUUCAUGAUCAGAGGAAAAAAGAAUUUUCUUCCCCCUUCUUAUCUUAUGAUGGGCUUCAGUUUCUUAUUUAAGGUGGAUGAAUCCUGUGUUUGGAGACACCGAGGUGAGCGGAAAAUCAAAGUGCAAGAUGAAGACAUGGAGACUGUGACCAGUGCCACCAGUGAGCUGGCGGCAGAAGAAACAGAGCCCCUGGAUGCACCAGAGGGAGAUGAAACUAGCAGUGAUGAUGAUGCUCAUAAAGAGGAGGGCCAAGAGAAACCUGAGAAUGAAGAACAUUUUCCUGAGAUACAUAAUGAAGAGUGUGAUGGGAAUGGAGCAGGAGAUGCCUUGGUCAUGGAAGAAUCAUCUGAGGAAGAGAAUGAAGUUUUGGAGGAAGAGGAAGAUGAGGAACCGACAAGCAAUGCUUCAGACAUACUUUUUCCAGACACAACCAUUGAUCUUUCACAUCUUCAGUCCCAAAGAUCGCAGCUGAAAUUUGCUUUGAAAGAUAACAUCUCAAGUUUGAGUGACAGCAAGUCUCAGGGGCGGAGACAUCUCUCAGCCAAGGAGAGGAGGGAGCUGAAGAAAAAGAAGCCGCCAAGUGACCAGGAUGAUUCUGACCUUCCAAAAGGGAAGGAUGAAGAUAAUUCUCCUCAGCUCCAGCUUCCUCCCAAUGAUUGUAAGAGUGCUGGCACGCAGCAGCCCGUGAAGAGGAGACAAAAGAACAAGCUGAAAAAAAUCAAGGAAAAAUACAAGGAUCAGGAUGACGAGGACCGGGAGCUGAUCAUGAAGCUGUUGGGAUCUGCAGGGUCAAACAAGGAAGAGAAACCCAAGAAAUCCAAAAAAGGAAAAACAAAUCAAGAAUCUGCCAAGAAACAGUCCCAGAAACAGAGGAGGGACCAGAAGCCUGGCCAGGGUGCCAGGAUAGAAGAAUUAAUCCCUGAGUUAGAGGGUGCUUCUUUGGAGGAACAUUUGGAUGACAAGGAGGAACAGGACCAAGAUCAAAACAUAAAUGAGGAAGGGACGGCUCUGUUUGAUUCUCUGACUGGGCAGCCUCACCAGGAAGACAUCCUCCUCUUUGCUGUGCCAGUCUGUGCACCUUACACUGCCAUGGCCGGCUACAAAUAUAAAGUCAAGCUGACACCAGGCACUCAAAAGAAAGGGAAAGCUGCAAAGACUGCUUUGCAUAAUUUCAUGCAGUCCAAGGAAUCAACUACAAGGGAGAAGGAUCUCUUCCGCAGUGUGAAGGAUACAGAUCUAUCCAGAAAUAUUCCAGGCAAAGUGAAGGUGUCAGCCCCUAAUCUCCAACAUUUGAAAAAGAAAUGAUAUGAACUAUGGACAACUUCACAAGCUUGCAUCUUUGGAUUGUGUUGCCCAAUGACAGGAGCAAUGACAGGAUACAUCAUCACUGGAGCACCUUUCUGUUUUGUUAAUAAAAUCCAUUACUGAUCAAA